UAAAUCUGUCAGAAAGGCCCUCCCUUUGUCUGGCCCUGCUGGAGCGCUCCAGGUCCUGGCAGACCACCGACGGUCCGGUCCGAAGAAGAAAAGGGCCAGAGCUUUCGGAGUUUGCGCGGGAGCCAAAAAACCGCUGGUCCCGGUCGACCUCCCAGAGGAGCUGGCAUUAAGGGCACUAAUUGAACACAGACAUCAUAACACUGGCCAGCUCCGUGCUAUGCUCUUUCACUCUCUCUCAUACACGCACAUACGUAAACACAUACACACGCAGAGUCAGGAAGCGUUUUUGUAAAGCAGCGCUUUAUCGGAAAGUGCCCUGACCACGCCGGCCCAUUUGGACCGCCUCACGCUGCCAAGAGCUCGAGAGCGGUGCGUGGUUUUUGUCUACUCCAUGGACUGUCAACAGGACCCGCACCUUGGCCGCCCGGACGUUGAUGGAGUUCUUGCAGGGCAGUGGUGAUUACUGCCACGCCCAACAUCGCAGCGCCUGAGCCCGGGUGGCAUGAGCGCCCGGCACUGACCUUUGGAUGCCAAGAGGCGCCUGCUGUCAUCGGGCUCCCGCCUCUCGCAGUCCGCUCCCGCCACACACACAGAUGGGGUAACUCGCGCCCGGUCAAGCCCAGUGCGAGCCAGCCGACCGCAACCCCGUCCUCCUCACCCCAGACUCGAGAACAGACCAGCGUCCACCGGAGAAAAAGCCUCCUCCCUUUUCUCUUUUUUUUGAGGCCGCCGAAAGACACAAGACGGGCAACUUCGGCAGGGAGGUGGGGGGUCCUAAUAGUGGGCGAGCAGCACUUUUGGGGGAGUCCGUUAUUUAUUUUUGGGGUUCUGGAAACGGACGGACGGAUUCGCGAGGCGGCAUGGCGAGGAUGAACCGCCCCGCUCCCGUGGAGGUGUGCUACAAGAACAUGCGCUUCCUCAUCACGCAUAACCCCACCAACUCCACCCUCAGCAGCUUCAUCGAGGACCUGAAGAAGUAUGGCGCCACGACGGUGGUCAGAGUGUGCGAGAUCACGUACGACAAAGCCCCGCUCGAAAGGGACGGGAUCACCGUGGUGGACUGGCCGUUCGACGACGGCGCACCCCCUCCUUCCAAAAUCGUGGAGGACUGGCUGAGUCUGCUGAGGAGCAAGUUUUGCGAUGACCCGGGCUCCUGUGUGGCGGUGCACUGCGUGGCGGGCCUGGGACGGGCUCCUGUGCUGGUGGCCUUGGCGCUGAUCGAGAGCGGGAUGAAGUACGAGGACGCCAUUCAGUUCAUAAGGCAGAAGCGCAGAGGGGCCAUUAACAGCAAGCAGCUGACGUACCUGGAGAAGUACCGGCCCAAACAGAGACUGCGUUACAAAGACCCCCGCCACCUGAAGAACAAGUGCUGCAUCAUGUGACUCCCCGCGGCUCCCCUCCCAACGAACCGGACGCUCGUUUGGAUAAGCGGACCGCCGGCGCCCACCCCCCCCAACGCACUUUGACUCGGAACUCUGGAUUUGAACCGAAGAGCUUCUCUCCCGGCCUGCCCGGGGCGAGCAACGGACUCUUCCUCGUCUCAGGUCCGGCUGGAGACCGGCCGUUAGGAAUUUAGUCUUUAUUUGUAUGAGCUAAUCGCGAGUGCUGGCUAACCUCCCCACUCGGGGACCCGGACAGCUGUGCGUCUCUCAGGUCUUUCGGACGCACGCCUCCCCCUCCGCAUCAACGCCGACCCGUCCACCUACGGGCGAGCAACGGACUGAUGAACUCUCAGCUCCAAUGCUGCGCUACGCCUGCGCUAGCCUACGUUAGCCAGCAGGCACAGGGUAAAUGAAUUAGCGAAAUUAGCGGGACUUUUGUACCUUUCUUGUCGUCUGUGGGUCCGCUCUUGCCCUCUCCUUGCCAAGAUGGCCGUUUUCACAAAACCCACCGUCACGGUCCUCACAAGUUUGCACGCCUCAAUAAAUCCUUCCUUGUUAUCGCAAGGAGGGUGGGACUUGGGGGCACGGGGUUUGUGAUGUAUCGAGUGUGGGGGUCUAAUUAUUUGGUGUGGUGGCGAGGGAGGGGCAAGUGGGGUAUGUGUAUUUCUAUAGAUUAUUUUUCUCUCCACAUUUUUUCGUACAAGAUGCUAAAGGAUUAGAACUGCUUACCCCAGUGGCUGAAUGCGUCAAGGGGACGGGUUGGCGUUUUGCACAGGAAGUGGUUCUGUCCAUGCUUUGUCGUCGCUAGCGGCAGGGCAACUUCCUGUUGAAUUUUGAUCGCCUUGAAAGUGAGCCACUUCAGAUAUACAGAAAUAAUAAAGUAUGGUUUCAUGUUUAAAUUGUGGAUCUUUUGUGUGGCUUUGUUGUGAAUUGGGGAAAAUUAAUAAAGGGAUUUCUGUUGUAUGCA